AUGGAUAUCAAUUCACUGCUUUCCCCGGACUCAAAUCCUCAAUCUGGAAACUCGACGCCUGUGCCCGGUCCUACGCCGAACAACGCAUCGGCCCCAGCCGCAGCCCCGGCGUCGUCCCCCCACAAAUCUAUUCAACGGACCCGGUCGGGUACUGGUCGCAAAGGAAAGACUUCCUCACCUCUUGCGCAGCAGGUGUAUGCGCCUGCUUCCAUGCCCGAGUCAUCUCCGACAGCCGCAAGCCCUCCCGUCGCUUCUAACUCUAGCGGGGGAAAUGGCACAGCUCCCGUGAUCGAUCGACCACCCUCGAGGCAACCAUCGACACCUGGGAUGGAUACCUUGGCAGACCUGGCUUCGAUGCAGCAUCACCAGCCGCAAGCUGCUCGGAAUCCCCCCUCCAUGCUGCGAAACACCGAGUCGUAUCAAAGCCAACUCUCUCCCUCCACCAUUCACCCACAUGUGAAUCCCAUCAACCACAACACUCCAGCUGCUCGUACCUCCUUCGAUAUCGCAAUGUCAGAAGGCCCGCGGACAAGUGCGCGGAGGAAUUACGUGCAGACAUCGCUAGAACCGGACGCACAGCAAUCUGCGACUAGCUUGUUCAACCAAAUCCAGGAAAACCCGCACACCUACGAUGCGCACGUGCAGUUCAUCGGGCUGUUGCAUGCGGGCUUCGUAAACCACGUGUAUCCGCCUAACAACCCGGAUAUCCACGGCGACCCUCGACGAUACGAUCUCCUCAAGGAUUUACGAACUGCCCGAGAAGAAAUGGACAAGCUUUUCGCAAUGGGCGAGGAUCUUUGGGCCGAAUGGAUCCAGGAUGAAAGCAUGCUGGCUCAUUCGGUGACCGAGCGUAUUGCCGUGAUGGAACUGUGUCAACGAUCGGUCGAGGAAGAAUUUGGCAGCACAAAACUCUGGCAUAUCUACGGCGAGUGGGUGCUGUACCUCUAUAACUCUGCGGCUGGCGAAGGUGGAGCUGGUCAAUGGACUGAAGAAGACCGGUUGGUUGGGCGUGAAGUGUUCAGCUGGCAGUCGGUCUUGGAUGUGUGGCAACGGGCCGCAGAAGCGACUCGAUGGAGGAUCAACAACAGUCACCUUGUUUGGGACCGAUUACUGGAGCUUUAUACUCAGGAUCUGUCGCGAGCCCCCUCCCAGGAAAAGAUUAAUCAUCUUCGAGGGCUAUACGAUGUGCGACUUCAGACACCUCACGCGACCUGGGAUCAGACCUUCCAGACCUUCUCCGGGUUCAUAUCUUCGUACUAUGAAUCUAACUACGAAGAGAUCAUGGCCAACACAGUUGCCCAGGGCUCGAAGGCGAAGGAUCUUUACGCUGCACGUGAAGAGCACGAGCUUCGACUGAGCAAGGCGCAGGAGUCUGGAGACAAGACUCUUGAAUGGUCAAUCUACACCGAGUACAUUGACUGGGAAUUGAGUCGCAACCGUCGUCGGCGAGAAUUCAAUUUCGACCUUGCAAAUGCUAUUUACCAGCGCGCUGUUCUACACUUCCCCACCGAUGUCUCUCUGUGGGAGGAUUAUGUUAUGUUCCUCAUCGGCGAAUCCAUGCAUGGCCACGCUUCCACAACGACCAUCGCGACCCUUGACCGGGGAACUCGCCACUGCCCCUGGUCCGGUAAUCUCUGGUCUCAGUACCUUCUGAGCUCAGAACGUGAGGGCCAGUCAUUCUCCAAGAUCUCGAAUAUCAAGCACAAGGCUACUAGCACUGGGUUGCUUGAUGCCGGUGGGAUGGAAGAGGUCCUCAAAGUUCACAUUACCUGGUGCAGCUACCUUCGUCGACGUGCCUUCCUCUCCGAGGCCACCGACGAGGAUCUGGACGUGGCGGAGGUUGGCAUUCGCUCGGCGAUUGAGAGCGUGCAAGAGCUAGGUGAGAAGAAAUAUGGUCGAUCCUAUCAGGGUGACCCUCUAUUUCGUUUAGAGCGCAUCUAUAUUCGAUACCUCAGCGAAAGUGGCAGCUGGGACAGCGCACGUGAGACCUUCAAGGGCCUUGUUCCUCGCCGUGGAAACAGUUACGAAUUUUGGCUCACCUACUACGGCUGGGAGCUUAUCUCGUGGAGCAAGUUUGUUCAAGGCGAGGCGACAGUCGAUGCAGCGAGGCGGACACCCAACCCGAGCUAUGCGACUGCAGUUUUGAAGCAAGCCAUCAAGCGACAAGACCUUGACUGGCCGGAGAAGAUCGUCCAGACCUACAUCGCCCACUGCGAGGACUACGAGGACUCGGACGAGCUGCAACUUGCGGUCAUCGAGACCCGAAAGGCCAUGAGAGCUGUCAAUGCUCGUAGGGAAACAGAAGCACGCGAAUCUGCCGCAGUCCAGCGACAGCAACAGCAGCAGUGGGAAGCCGCCGCUGCCGAAGCUUCUACAUCAGAAAAGAGGAAACGGGAGGAUGAUGCCAAUGGUGAGCCCACUAGCAAGAAGGCUCGUGGCGAAGAGACGGCUCUCGAAGAAGUGGUGGAGCCCGCGGGACCCAGUCGUGACCGUGAGCACGCAACGGUGGUGGUCAAGAAUUUGCCGCACAAGACAUCUGAGCACCAAGUCCGACAAUUCUUCCGACACAUUGGCACUAUCAAUGGCGUCAAGAUGAUACCCAGCGAAGACAGGAACUCGGAGGUUGCAAUCAUCGAGUUUGAGACACAUGAAGAAGCUCUGAGUGCCCAAACUCGCGAUCAAAAGGACUUCCAUGGAAAUACCAUUGAAGUGCAGAUUGAUACCGACACCACCUUGUUUGUCACGAACUUCCCUCCGACUGCUGACGAGGAGUACAUUCGUAAUCUCUUCAGCAAGUACGGCGAAGUUCUUGAAGUGCGCUUCCCUUCGCUCAAGUAUCAAACCAGUCGGCGGUUCUGUUACGUGCAGUUUGCAACUUCUAGUGCAGCACAUCAGGCUACGGAACUUGAUGGCACCUCUACUGAGAAAGGCUUCAAACUUAUUGCAAAGAUUUCUGACCCUUCCAAGAAGCAGAACCGCUCUGGGCCCAUGCAGGAAGGCCGCGAGAUCUUUUGUAAGAAUGUUGAUUUCAAACUCAGCGAGAAGGACGUGCGGGAGGCAUUUACGCGAUUCGGUACGAUCGAGAACUUCCACAUGCCACUCAAUGUCGAUGGCAGCCGCAGAGGGUUUUGCUUCCUGACUUUCUCCACAAAAGAAGAAGCGGAAGCUGCGGUCGCGAUGAACGAGGAAAUGCUCGGGUCACGCCGCCUGCAGGUCAAUCUCAGUGGUCAAACUGGUGCCAAACGCAUAGCGAGCACCAUCAUCUCGCGCGUUCGCACGUCGGCGUCGCCGUCUGCGGAGAUUAACGGUGAUGGCUCGGAUGCGGUGGAAACGAGUGGCGAGCGUGGUAAUCGUACACUCGGCUUGAUGAAUAUCCCUGACACGGUCAACGACGCUCGAAUCCGUGCCCUGGUGGAGCCAUUCGGGCAGUUGAUCAAGAUCAUUUUGCGGCCGGACCAUCAAGGCGCUAUCGUGGAGUUUGCCGAUGUCAACGAUGCUGGAAAGGCAUCGCUGGCGCUCGAAGGGAAAGAAAUCGUCCCGGGCCGCCCGCUUCACGUUGGCAGUGUUGCGGAGUUGAAAAUGCUCCACGCUGAACGCAAGACCGACCGAAUCACCUCGAUCAAGCAGGAGAAGCCGAAGACAAGCCUCCAACCUGCGGGUCCGAUCAAGCGCCCUCAACAGCCUGGUGGCCGUGGAGGCCGCCGAGGCGGACUUGGUUUGAAACGAGCCUCCGCAACCGCCGGUCCCUCGGAAAAGGCGACUCCCGACAACGACAAGAUGGAUACCACGGCCGACAGCAGGGACGAUGGUGGCAAAUCCAAAAAGAGCAACGAUGAUUUCCGUGCGAUGCUACAGCAGAACCGUACGGCAUGA